AUGAGUAUGGACCACGUACGAGACAGAACCAUCGAUAAGCUCACCUCAUCGUUCAUGAAGAACAAGCGUUGUCACCGAUGCAGUUCAGUUCUGACGUAUAUAAAUUUAAAUGAUAAAAUGAGUACUGCAAAGAAAGUGAAAGAGUUGAAGGCGGGCGUUCCAUUCAAAUCUAAACAACAAUCAGGUUCUAAGACGACGUCUUUGCGAAUUACUGGUCCAUCAGAUAAAGAUAAGAAGAGCGCGCAGUCUUCCACUACAGUUGCUCCUGUGCCCAUACGCGUUCCGUAUUCAUCAGCUACUUCGAAGGGUCGCAAAGGUAAUUUAAAUGGCUCUAGAUCCUCUUUACCAUUGCAUGAGCACAGAUUGAGAAACACGGCUCUUCGUAGAUCUACUAACGUCUCACCGUCGGUUGAGCAGCUCAAGAAUAAUUCGUCCACCUUGGAAGAACAGAUGGCUGUGAAGACGGCUCCUCGUGAAGCUACUAGCGUCUCGCCCUUGAUUGAGCAGCUCAAGAAUAAUUCGUCCACUUUGGAAAAACAGAUGGCUGUGAUUCGUAGCGAGUUGCAAUCCAUAAUCAAUGCUAAAAGCAAAUCGGUUGGUUGUAGGUAA